AGGGAAGAUUGGUGAAAGAAAUAGCCACUUUUAGAGCAAUAGUCAUGGCUUAAUUUAUCUUUCUCUUUGCAUCCAUGCGACCAAGGAAUGUGCCAGUUUGACAUUAGCAACAUUAAAUUUGUCUAUAGGUUAGUCUAUAGACAAACCUCAGGAUGUCUAUAGACUUCUAACUGGUAGCAACCAGUAUCUUGCACUUCUAUUUUUUAUUUUGGGGGAUUUUUUUAGACAGGGACUUGCUAUCUAGUUAAGAUUGGCUGGCUUUUCUUUAUGAUUGGCUUUGAACUCACUACGUGCCCAGGCUGGCCUCAAACUUGAAACAAUCCUCCUGCCUCAGCCUCCCAAGUGCUGGGAUUACAGGUGUGUGUCACCAUGCUUGGCUAUAUGGAUUUAGAUAGGAAUCGUGGGACUCUUUGUCAUCAGCCGCAAUGAUAAGAUGGUGAGAUGAAGUGCUACUGAAUCAAAGAAGAGAAUCUCUGUUACAGGUCUCUUUCCAGUUUCCUAAAAGUGAAGGUCCAUUUAAGGUUAAUACCAUUGCAAGAUUAGAAAGUGAAAAAAGUCCCAUGGGUUUAACGCAAAAUACCAAGAUGUUGAGUUCAUCCCCCGUACCGCAAAACAGCAAAAAACAACAAAACAAAACAAAACAUCAAGACGUUGACCUUUAGUCAAUGGAGAGACUGGUAUCCAAUGGAUAUAGUGCAUUGGCCAAUGAGAACUAGUGUGUAGAACAGGGUGGAACCAUUUUACCGCCCAUUGAAAAUGGGAAGAUACUGUAUCCUAUACACCGGUUUCUUAAAAGGUGACAGAGAGGGUAGUUAUAUUUUCAGGAUGGGAAAGGGGUAACAAGAACACCUAACUUCUUAGGUCAAAAUACCUACCCUCCAGAUACCUCGCCCCUUGUCCUUUCACCCCGUUAAAUGUCUUUAGUCAGGGAUGGGGAUAUAGCUCAAUGACAUAAGCGCCUGCCUGGCAAGUGCAAGGACCUGAGUUAGAUACCUGGUACCCCAAAAAAGUCUUUAGUAUUCACAAAGGGUAAGUUAAAAACUGCUUGAAUAUGCUCAGAGAUGGGACUUCCUGAAGGGAGACUGACCAGGUAGGGUGCCGUGGGGGUCUAAAGGACAACCCACUCCACCCCUCGCGUCGAACCUGCAAUUCCCCUCCAGGCCGCAGGGGGCACUGCAGGCCCUAAGAAGGUUGGGGCGGAGCGCUGCGAGGGGUCCGGAGCUGCCGUACCGCUCCGAGGCGCGGGGGGCGCUGUGCGGAACUUGGGCUGCGGCUCCGCUCCCGGCCACUGGGGGCGCUGCGCAGCGCCGGUGGUUGGUGGUGGCUGUUGGGGGGGUGGGGGGGAACGGCGGCCGCGGGUGGUGCGGAGGGAGGCCUUGCGGGCGGAUCGGGCGUUCGGUGGCGGCGGUGGUGGGAGGCGGCGGGCGGGAGCGCGGGUCCGGACGGCCCUGGCAAUGGCGGACGCGGCAGCCUCCCCGGUGGGCAAGCGGCUGCUGCUUCUGUUCGCGGACACCGCGGCCUCAGCUUCAGCCUCGGCCCCAGUGGCGGCGGCGGCGGCGGCGGCGGGUGGAGAUCCUGGGCCUUCGCUGCGCACUCGGGCCUGGCGGGCCGGCACGGUGCGGGCCAUGAGCGGGGCGGUGCCCCAGGACCUAGCGAUCUUUGUAGAAUUUGAUGGCUGUAACUGGAAGCAACAUUCCUGGGUUAAAGUUCAUGCUGAGGAAGUUAUUGUGCUUCUGCUGGAAGGGUCACUUGUAUGGGCACCUCGGAAGGACCCUGUUCUUCUCCAGGGCACUCGAGUCUCAAUUGCACAGUGGCCAGCCCUGACUUUCACUCCCCUAGUAGACAAACUGGGUUUGGGUUCUGUGGUGCCAGUCGAGUAUCUUUUGGAUCGAGAGCUGCGUUUCCUGUCAGAUGCUACUGGAUUACAUCUGUUCCAGAUGGGAACAGAUAGCCAAAACCAGAUCCUUUUAGAACAUGCUGCACUGAGAGAAACAGUUAACGCUUUGAUCAGUGACCAGAAGCUGCAGGAGAUAUUCAGCCGAGGUCCCUACAGUGUUCAAGGUCACAGGGUCAAAGUGUACCAGCCAGAGGGGGAAGAAGGGUGGCUCUAUGGCAUUGUAAGCCAUCAGGACUCCAUCACCCGUCUUAUGGAGGUGUCUAUAACUGAGAGUGGUGAGAUCAAGUCUGUAGAUCCCAGACUAAUCCAUGUGAUGCUGGUGGAUAGCUCGACGCCUCAAAGUGAGGGGGGUAUGUUAAAAGCAGUAAAACCUUCCAAAGGAAAGAAGAAGAGAGACAGCAUAGAAGGGAAAGAUGGCCGGAGAAGAAAAAGUGCUUCAGACUCUGGGUGUGACCCUGCAUCAAAGAAAUUAAAAGGAGACAGGGGUGAAGUAGACAGUAAUGGGAGCGAUGGAAGUGAGGCAAGCCGAGGGCCGUGGAAAGAAGGUAAUGCCAGUGGAGAGCCAGGGCUGGAUCAGAGAGCCAAGCAACCACCGUCUACAUUUGUCCCCCAGAUUAACCGCAACAUUCGCUUUGCCACUUAUACCAAAGAAAAUGGCAGGACUCUGGUGGUGCAGGAUGAGCCUGUAGGAGGGGACAUACCGGUACCUUUCACUCCGUAUUCUACAGGCACAGGUCAGACACCUUUGGCCCCAGAGGUGGGUGGAGCCGAAAACAAAGAGGCAGGAAAAACACUGGAACAAGUUGGCCAGGGCAUGGUGGCUUCAGCAGCUGUGGUCACUACCGCCAGCUCCACCCCAACCACAGUGAGGAUCUCAGACACUGGCCUUGCAACAGGGACUGGGCCGGAAAAACAGAAAGGCAGCUGGUCACAGGCCUCAGGAGAGAUUUCAAGAAACUCUACUCUGGGAUCUUCCGGAUUUGGAGCAUCUCUCCCAAGUUUAUCACAACCUUUGACUUUUGCAAGUGGACGGAGCCAGUCCAAUGGGGUUCUAGUCACAGAACACAAACCUUUGGGCUUCUCAUUUGGCUGUAGCUCUGUACCAGAGCCUCAAAAAGACUCCGAUCUCUCCAAAAACUUAUUUUUUCAAUGCAUGUCCCAAACUUUACCUACCAGUAACUACUUUACUACGGUUUCGGAGAGUUUGGCUGAUGACUCCUCUAGUCGGGACUCAUUCAAGCAAAGCCUUGAGAGCCUGAGUUCAGGCCUGUGUAAAAGCAGAUCUGCUCUUGGAACAGACACAAAGCUAGGCUCUAAGGCUGGCAGCUCUGUGGACCGAAAAGUGCCUACAGAGUCCAUGCCCACCCUCACUCCAGCUUUUCCACGGAACCUUCUAAGUACCCGCACUCCAGAGAGUCAUGAAAAUCUAUUUUUACAGCCUCCCAAACUGUCCCGAGAAGAGCCUUCUAACCCUUUCCUGGCAUUUGUGGAGAAGGUUGAACACAGCCCUUUCAGCAGCUUUGCAUCUCAGGCAUCAGGUAGCUCUGCUACCACUGUCACCUCCAAGGCAGCGCCCAGCUGGCCUGAGUCUCACUCCUCCACAGACUCAGCAUCUUUAACAAAGAAGAAGCCCCUCUUCAUUACAACUGACUCCUCCAAGCUAGUGCCUGGUGUUCUGGGCUCUGCUCUUAGCACCGGGGGCCCAAGCCUCUCUGCCAUGGGGAAUGGCCGCUCCAGUUCACCCACCAGCAGCCUCACCCAGCCCAUAGAGAUGCCUACUCUCUCCUCCAGCCCCACAGAGGAAAGGCCAACUGUGGGGCCUGGGCAGCAGGACAAUCCCCUCCUCAAAACCUUUAGUAACGUGUUUGGCAGGCACUCAGGCGGUUUUCUGUCCUCCCCAGCAGAUUAUUCACAGGAAAACAAAGCUCCCUUUGAAGCUGUAAAAAGGUUCUCACUGGAUGAGCGAAGCUUGGCCUGCAGACAGGACUCAGACUCCAGCACCAACAGUGACCUAUCAGAUUUGAGUGACUCUGAGGAGCAGCUGCAGGCAAAGACUGGCCUGAAGGGGAUUGCAGAGCACCUGAUGGGGAAGCUGGGCCCCAAUGGAGAGCGCACUGCUGAAUUGUUGCUGGGCAAGGGCAAAGGGAAGCAGACCCCCAAGGGGCGGCCACGGACUGCCCCCCUGAAAGUUGGCCAGUCAGUGCUGAAAGAUGUGAGCAAAGUGAAGAAGCUGAAGCAGUCUGGAGAGCCCUUCCUGCAGGAUGGGUCAUGCAUCAAUGUGGCCCCUCACCUGCACAAGUGUCGUGAGUGCCGCCUGGAGCGAUAUCGCAAGUUCAAAGAGCAGGAGCAAGAUGACUCAACUGUGGCCUGCCGCUUCUUUCACUUCCGGAGGUUGAUCUUCACUCGAAAGGGGGUACUUCGUGUGGAAGGGUUUCUAAGCCCUCAGCAAAGUGACCCUGAUGCCAUGAACCUGUGGAUUCCCUCUUCCUCCUUAGCAGAAGGGAUAGACCUAGAGACCUCAAAAUAUAUCCUGGCCAAUGUUGGGGACCAGUUCUGUCAACUUGUAAUGUCUGAAAAGGAAGCUAUGAUGAUGGUGGAGCCACACCAGAAAGUGGCAUGGAAGAGAGCUGUACGUGGAGUACGAGAGAUGUGCGAUGUAUGUGAAACAACUCUCUUCAACAUCCACUGGGUUUGUCGCAAAUGUGGAUUUGGGGUCUGCCUUGACUGUUACAGGCUCAGGAAAAGCCGUCCUCGCAGUGAGACAGAGGAGAUGGGUGAUGAAGAGGUUUUCUCUUGGUUAAAGUGUGCAAAGGGGCAGUCCCAUGAACCAGAGAAUCUCAUGCCCACACAGAUCAUCCCUGGCACAGCUCUUUACAAUAUUGGAGACAUGGUACAUGCUGCCAGGGGCAAGUGGGGCAUUAAAGCAAACUGUCCUUGUAUUAGUCGGCAGAACAAAUCCGUACUGAGACCAGCUGUCACCAACGGGAUGUCCCAGGGAGCAAAGAGCAAGGCCAGCCUACCCAACUUUCUUGAUCACAUCAUUGCUUCUGUGGUAGAAAAUAAGAAAACCUCAGAUGCUUCAAAGAGGGCCUGCAAUUUGACUGAUACCCAAAAGGAAGUGAAGGAAAUGGUGAUGGGGUUAAAUGUGCUAGAUCCCCAUACUUCUCACUCUUGGCUCUGUGAUGGGAGGCUUCUGUGUCUUCAUGACCCCAGCAACAAGAACAAUUGGAAGAUCUUCCGGGAGUGUUGGAAGCAAGGCCAGCCGGUACUGGUUUCAGGGGUACAUAAAAAACUGAAGUCUGAACUCUGGAAACCUGAAGCCUUUAGCCAGGAAUUUGGAGACCAAGAUGUGGACUUGGUGAACUGCAGAAACUGUGCUAUAAUUUCUGAUGUAAAAGUUCGGGAUUUCUGGGAUGGCUUUGAGAUCAUAUGCAAACGACUCAGGUCAGAAGAUGGGCAGCCCAUGGUGCUCAAACUCAAGGACUGGCCUCCUGGGGAAGAUUUUCGGGACAUGAUGCCCACAAGAUUUGAAGAUCUGAUGGAGAAUCUUCCUCUGCCAGAAUAUACCAAACGUGAUGGCAGGCUUAAUCUGGCCUCUAGGCUACCCAGCUACUUUGUAAGGCCUGACCUUGGCCCCAAGAUGUACAACGCCUAUGGCUUGAUAACUGCGGAAGAUAGAAGAGUUGGAACAACAAAUCUUCACUUAGAUGUGUCUGAUGCUGUUAAUGUGAUGGUGUAUGUUGGGAUCCCCAUCGGGGAGGGUGCUCAUGAUGAAGAGGUACUUAAGACAAUUGAUGAAGGAGAUGCUGAUGAGGUGACAAAGCAGAGGAUUCAUGAUGGAAAUGAGAAGCCAGGUGCUUUAUGGCACAUCUAUGCAGCCAAGGAUGCAGAGAAGAUCCGAGAGCUGCUCCGAAAGGUACACCUCUGGGUGGCUAGAGGGCUGGAGGCUGAGCCAGCAUGUCAGGGCUUGUCAUGGGGUUUGUUAACGACCUGUCUUCCUAGCAUAAACCCUAGUGCCUCUUCUGGAAAUGAAACUACCUUCUCAGGUGGAGGAGGAACUGCAACAGGAACAGCGCCAGAGCCCAACCAUGUAUCUAAGGGUGAUGGCACUGAUAUCAGACCUGAAGAGCCCCUGAAAGCAGAUGGUUCAGCAUCCAGUAGCAAUAGUGAGCUCAAAGCCAUCAGGCCCCCAUGCCCCGACACAACACCCCCCUCCUCUGCCCUGCAUUGGUUGGCGGAUUUAGCAACACAGAAGGCAAAAGAAGAAACUAAAGAAGCAGGGUCCCUGAGGUCGGUGCUCAAUAAAGAGUCUCAUUCACCCUUUGGGCUGGACUCGUUCAACUCCACCGCAAAGGUCUCUCCGUUGACUCCAAAGCUUUUUAACAGUUUGUUACUGGGUCCCACUGCCUCCAACAACAAAAGUGAAGGCUCUAGCCUUCGAGACCUCCUUCACUCUGGGCCUGGGAAGCUUCCUCAAACCCCUCUGGACACAGGCAUACCCUUCCCCCCGGUCUUCUCCACAUCCUCAGCAGUACCCAUCCCCCAGGUUCACAAUCUAUAUAGUUGCAUAAAAGUAGCAGAAGAUUUUGUGUCUCCAGAACAUGUGAAGCACUGUUUCCGCCUGACUCAGGAAUUCAGGCAUCUCUCCAACACUCAUACAAAUCAUGAGGAUAAACUGCAGGUGAAGAACAUCAUUUACCACGCAGUGAAAGAUGCUGUUGGCACCCUCAAGGCUCAUGAAUCCAAACUGGCACGGUCAUAGGAACGGAGAAAUCCCAAGCUUCCCCACGAAGCAGGUCUUUCACUCAAGACACUCAAAGGGACUGGCAGGGUUCUCGUUGCAAGCAGUGGCCCUCGGCCUGGAGCCGGUGUGGUCAGUAUUACAGACUCUCCAGCUACUCUAGGUGCUGCUGCAGCACUGAAGGCCAACACAGGAAGGCUGCACUGCUCACACACUUUCAGACUCCAGCCCAGGGUGCUGCCUCCCUGCCCUGCAGCCUCCAGGAAUCUGAUUGCCUGGACAUCACAGGCUUUCCUGCACAUUUUCCCGAUUCGAUAUCAUGGAAACCAGAAACAUGGGCACCCUUUCUUUCCUCUUCCUCUCGUGCCUAAUUAAGUGGGAGUGUGUUUGGAGCUAGAGGAAAUCCCACAGCUGGUACAAGCAGGUGAUUGCUUACACGCCUGGUGGAAGCCUGUUGGUGUCUGCACAGGUCUCUGACAGCACUGGGAGAGCCAGUGCAGCCCUACCCACGUGGCUUACCGAGCACUGGAGUCUCAGGACCAGGAGAGUCCACUGCUUCCCAGGGGGCUCCAGGAUUAGGAAAUGUGUGUAUUUAGUGAAAAAUAGGUUUGUAGUGAAAUAGUAACUAUUUCAUGAAAGUAGAUAUUUUUAGAAUUUUUGAAAUGCCACAGUUGUUUUCCUGGAUUAUAAGGAAAGGCACAUUACAUUUAGUCUUCCUUUCGCUAAAACUUAAAUAUGAUUUUCAAAAAUCAGCUGCCCAUCAUAGCACAAAUUCAGCCAAAGCAGAAUUUAAAAGAAUUGGCUUUUUAAAAUUCUUUUAGUCCCAUCCUGUCUCCCGUCCUCUCUUAAUGUCCUCUUGAGGGAACAGUCAUCUCAGAACUCAGUCUUGUCCAAGCUGUGGUGUGUUGCCCUCAUACACACACCGGUGACUCCAGGAGCCAUCUUCCCCUUUUACCAGCGUUCCUUGGACUCCUCAGAUGUUUCUAAACACAAAGUUUAAUUUCCAACAUGAUGUUUUUGGGUUUUUGUCAAGAAAUAUUUUCAGCAAAACUUUCCAACUCAGUGGAGUUUUUAUUAAGAAUUUAUUUGAAAAUGAUGAAAUUCGUUGGCCCAUAGGUACAUUGGGAAAUUAUCUCUUUCCAGCUGUACUGUAGUGCCCUCCAGGCUUGUUUAUAUGUUCACACUUUUUUUUAAAUAAAAGUCAUUUACUGUAGAAUACUUUUAAUUUCACUUUCUGUAUUUUAAUUUUGUUGAAGGGCUGAUUGGGAUUUCCAUGUUCUUAUUAAAAAUCUAACAAAUC